CCCAUCCCUCCCCUCGCCCAUCCUAUUGGAAGAAAGUCAAGAUUUUGAUCAACUCGAGAUCUGGCUGUUACGUCUGAGGACGACUCAUUAAUUUCAGCAACCUCAUUUCAACUUUAUUCUGCAGCUUCCUGGCAUUGUGGAAAGGCACUCUCUUGGCACGCAGUGGAGAUCCCUGUUAGCUGCCAUGGGGCUUUAAGGCAGCUCAGCUUUCCCACUGGCGAGUGUGGGAGUGGUGGCGAAUCUCUACAGGAAGGAAGGAAGGAGUGUGACAGAAACCGGGAGGAGGAGCUGACCCAGCACGUGAAUGGCUGCCAAGGAUUAUGACCACUUGUUCAAACUACUCAUCAUCGGGGACUCCGGGGUUGGGAAAAGUAGCCUCCUGCUCCGUUUCGCAGACAACACCUUUUCCGGUAGCUACAUCACAACCAUUGGGGUAGACUUCAAAAUUCGGACACUAAUGGUAAACGGAGAGCGGGUGAAACUGCAGAUCUGGGACACUGCGGGACAGGAACGCUUCCGGACCAUCACCUCCACGUACUACCGUAACACACAUGGCGUCAUCAUUGUGUAUGACGUGACAAAACCGGAGUCCUUUGUCAAUGUGAAGCGCUGGCUGCACGAGAUUGGACAGAACUGUGACAGUGUCUGCAAGAUCCUGGUGGGCAACAAAUGUGAAGACCCAUCACGGAAGCAAGUGGACACGGCUGAUGCCCGGCGAUUUAGUGAGCAGAUAGGAGUGCGGCUCUUUGAGACGAGUGCUAAGGAGAACCUCAACGUUGAAGAGAUGUUCAAUGCCAUCACAGCCAUGGUGCUUCGGACCAAACGGGAAAACCUGGCACGACUCCAACAGCAAAACGAGGUUGUCAAAAUCAACAAGCCCAAGAAGAAACCGUCUGUCAAGAAAUGCUGCUGAAAUUGGGUGGGGACUUCUGUCUUCUAACCCCCCACUCCAAAUUCCAAAAAAGGACUGGGCACUGUGCGUAGGGGAUGGGGGCAGUAAAAAUGUUCAUGUGGGGAGGCAGUGGGUUUUGGAUGGGAGGGAUAUGGAAGAGAAUCACAGCCCCCUCUCCGCGGUUACUGGGAUGGAAGAGUCACAUAAUACUGAAAUUCUUCCUCGCUGCUGGAAGAUGUCUUAAAAGAAACAGGGCAGUGGCAGAUUGAGAAAUAUGAAAAGAUUCUGCUGAAACAAACAGGACACUUUGCUACAAGGUGUAAUGAAGAGAACAGGCUUUUCUAAACCUCUGUGGUGUUGCCCUUAAACUCUCCCCCCUUUAUUUUACACCCCCCACCCUGCCCCCUCGUUCAAUCACUAAGAAUAAAACAAGGUGGACCUUAGAGAACUGUUCUCUGCUUUAUAGGCUCACGUGUGGUUAAUGAGGCAUAAAAGUAAAGAAAAUCUAUGGAAGGAGUCGGAACAUUUCACACAGCAAUUGUGGGCAUUUCUCCCCUUUGGUUGCUCAGUUGAUAUAUGGGAUGGGAUGUGUGUCAGAAGCUUCCCCUCCUCUUGGUUCGUGAGACAGAAUCGUUCAUCUCUUCCUCAGUCCCCCACAAUACCCCUGGACAUUUAGGAGAAAAGCGAUGACUGUUAAUGACCAAGUAAGAUUUGGGCUGAACAAGCAUUUUCUUUGCCAGCCUUUCUGCUUACAGGCUUCACCUGUGGGUGCCAAGUGGUCACGUUGGCUUUUUCCUCCCCCACCCCAAAUUUAACAGUGCAUGGGGCUCAUCUCAGCUGGAAGGAGCGGAUGGCUGGGUGCUGCAGUUUUCCACCUCGCAGCCACCAAGCUGCAUGGGCGUGAUGGAGUUUCAGCCUCGUGUCUCCCCCCUUCCCAAGCCCCAGUCAUUCAUUUUUUUUUUGAGGGGGGGAGGGCUCCUCUGUGCAAUACGUUUUGCUUCUUGAAUUAUUUUAUAUACACAUAAAUGAAUAUGUAUAGAAUUAAAACUUUUUUGUUUUAACCCACUGCUAACGGCAUUAAACUUGGUAAGGAGACACCACUAUUCAAUAAAGGAACAUUUAGAUAUGAAA